AUAAUUCUCCUUCUGACUGAACGCAACUUAUUUGUUUAUUGUUAUUUUAAUAUUUCGACUUGCAACAUUGACUUUGACAGCUCCACGGAAAACACAAGCGCAUAAAUGUCUCCCCGCGAUAUUUUCCUGAGAAAUGACUUCUACAAAUGAUGGAAAAGACGUGAAAAGUAAUCAAACAAGUGGACACAAAAGCAAAUCAUAUUACAUUGAACUUUAUACGUCGCUGGAGAAGGCGCUAAGCAGCGACAACUCGCUCGAAGAGCGCACAAGGCACGUGUGCGAAGCGUGGCGUCGCGUCUACAGCCUCUACCAGCACUCUGCGACCUCCACACAUCCUCACCUGCUCAGCUGGCUACAGCGACACACCGCCAACACUGUUCUACAGUCAAAAUGGGCUAAGAGCAAGAAUGAGCACACACGACUCGCAGACGCGAUCGACGCGCUGGUCGCCGAGGCGACAGCGGCGUCCGCGGGCCGACCACAACAUCCAUGGGAGCAGACUUUACUGCAACGGGCUGCCUGGUUCAAGAAGGCCUUGGAAAACCCUUGGGACAAUCCUGUUCUAAAGAGUUUAAUUAACCCUAACAGCGAGCCGGUCACAGAUCAACAGGUGCUAGAAUGGCUGAUCUCCGAGCACGGCAUCGUGUUAGUCACCCGGCUGCAGCGCAUGGUGGGCGCGGGCAACUGCGACGACCUGGCGCUGCUGCUGGCCUCCGCCGUCAUGGACCGCGCGCGCGCCGCCGGCCGGCGCCUGGAGGACGACGGCUCCGACCAGAAAGAAAAGCUGAUAUCCGAGUACGGCAUCGUGCUGGUGACGCGGCUGCAGCGCAGGUGGGCGCCAGCAAAUGCGACGACCUGGCGCUGCUACUCGCCUCCACCUCUCGCCGCCGCCGAACAGAACGGUGGGGAAGCAGAGGUAACUUUUAAACCAACGCGAUUUUGCGAUGUUGGAAGUCGAGGGAUAAUGUUAAAAAUUGAGGAAUGUCUUUCAAAAGGGCUUUUCUUGUAUGGUUUUGAUGGAGAAAUAAGCUAUUUUGAAAAGACAUUCCUCAAAUGUAAUACAUUUGAGGGGUGUCUUUUACAACAGUCUGUUUUUUUUUCAGUCGAGGAAGAAGACGGCUCGUCGUUUGUCGCUGUGCUAGAGAGAGAGGCAAGCUUCACGUCAGAAGAGUGGGCGAUGUUGACGGACAUCGAGCUUGUUCUACUGCUGAAGACUGAUAAGCGACCGCGCUGCAUCGAGCUGGCGAAGCUCACCCCUCUGAGGCAAGGUUACAAAAUGGUGGAGCGGCUCCGCAAACGGCUCGAGAUGUCGCCGCGGGACAAAAAGCUGUGGAAGCACGCGAAGGAGGUCGCCAUCAUUGUCACUCAGGUGAUUAUCGCGCGCUGUAUGGUGGUGAGCAGUUGCUCAGGCGCGGGGCGCGACGCGCUGUACUGGUGCGCGCGCUCGCUAGCGAGGCUGGUGGAGCCCGCCCGCCUGCGCAGCGUCAGCACCGAGCUGGCCCGCCUCGCCGCCACGGCCAGGCAUCUGCACACCUUCUGCGCCGCGCUGUCUGCCGAGUGCAAGGAGCUGAAAGCGGACGUUUUGAUGAAGCCGUUCAUAUGCGAGCUGUACGUUCGCGCCAUCACCGCCGGCAUGAACGAACUCGAGCAACUUAAACUGAAACCUGAAACGGAAUCGGAGGCGCGGCUGUACGAGGAGACGCUGGCGGGCUGGUUCACGCAGCUGGGCGGGCGCCUCACGGACAGCGUGCGCCUGCGCGCCGAGUGCGCGCUCACCGCCUUCAGCGUGCACCCCGCGCGCAAGCUGUACGAGCGCGUCGCCAGCACCGUGCCUCCCCCCCGCCUGCCCCAGGCCCAAGAACCGACUCCAGAAACCACAUCGGAGUACGGCAGCUGGGCGAACGACAGCCGAACGCAGAGCAACCUCGUCAAAACGUCUGAGACCCUCCAGCUGAAGCAGUCCCAGCAGCACCAGGCCAACGUGCUGUCCACCGCUAUCCUCACUGAGGGAGAGGCUUUGGGGUUGGAGACCGAGCUGUGUCAGGAUCUGGCUGUUCUGCUCUCCGGGCCGAGGGUCAAGACUCUGUCGUGGGAUAUGGACAGGGAGGUUCUCCUGGAAAACUGCCGCUCUUACAUGGAGAAGACCCACGGAGGCACGCGCGCCGUCACCACCGAGCUCAAGUACCUCAACCUGGACCCCACCGCCUACCAGCACCUGCCGGAGGAGGACGAUGAUGAAAACGACGUCUACUACGGCAUUGAGAAAGGGUAUGAACAUGAGGUCCAAUUCGAAGAGCCAGAAGAAAUAUGGCAAAACGCAUUCUUCGACCCAGAACAGACGGAAAGUGCCGAGGACAGCGAAGUAGACCGGGGAUUCGGCAAGAAAAAAUCUAAGGCUAGUAUUGUCGAUUCUGAAGACGAAGAUCCGCUGAGCACUGUAGCAGACGCCAAGAAAGAAAAGAAGAAACGCGCCAAAGAGAAGGACAAGGAACAAAAAAAGAAGAAGACACACAAACGAGAUGACAACGAAGAUGGCAGCACAGAGCGACGAAAAGACAAAGAUAAGAAAACCAAAAAGGAGAGAAAGAAAGACAAGUCUGAACAACCAGCGGCAGGAUCAUUGAACAGUUUACUGGGAAUGAAAGUCGCUAAAGUGUCCUCACCAGUGCAGGACGGAGAAAAGAGAGUAAGAAAGAAGAAGGAACGUCGAAGAGAGUCCACUUUUAGCUACGUCAGUGUUACUGACAGUGACCAAAUCUCCGACGAUCCUAGCGUUCUGGUCGAUGGAGUGUUCUCUAUGGACGAACUCAAAUCGCCAGAAAGACUUAAUGCAGAUGUACAAAUACCUGACAAUACUAAAACUACAAUUAAAAGUGAGAUACAAUGCCCUGUGAUAAAUGAAAUUAAAACUCGACCCAUGAGCUCACCGACAGUCACAACGACAAGUAGUGACUCUGAUGUGACAAGAGCGAGAUCGCCUUACUUGACACCUAACCAACUAGCUCACAGACACGUUGUUAAUCCAAAAGUGAAAUCAAGUCUGCAUAAACUCCUACAGUUUAGAAGGAACCAAAAUAAACUUAGAGCUGUGGCUAGACCGGCUCCAGCCCACACUCUAACACAGACCAACUUGGCUAGACCACCCUCAGCCCAUACGCCAACGCAAAUCAACUUGGCUAGACCACCCUCAGCCCAUACGCCAACGCAAACCAACUUGGCUCGAACACCCUCGGCCCAUCCUCCAACACAGACCAACUUGGCUAGACCAUCACCAGCCCAUACUCCAACACAGACCAACUUGGCUAGACCAUCACCAGCCCAUACUCCAACACAGACCAACUUGGCUAGACCACCGCCGGCACAUACUCCUACGCAAGGCAGUUCACUUGUUGGCAUGAAAAUAUACAAUCCAGAUGAAGUACCUAAAGUCUACUUAAAUAAAAAACAAUGUAAACAGUUGGAAACACUUUCAAAUGACGUGAAUAAUCUAAUGAAAAGCAAUGCUGAUUACAUGCCUAGAACACCUUGUAAAGAGUCUAAAGAUAAACUACAAGGUCAACAGAAUGUAUAUAACACACAGAAGCUUCCACAGCAAUACAACAAUCCGCUGCACAUGUCACAAAAUGUGCUGAGUGAAAGCCAAAAACUUAGUGAAUACACAACAAAUAGUCCCGUAAAAGUUGCACAGCAACCUAUUCUUAACCAGUCAUCAAAUAGUACUCAAACGAAUUAUACUUCCCCUGCGAAAACAGCGGAGCAUGUGCGGCUGCAAGAUCUAAAUGUUACGCCACCGAAGCCAACAAUAGUGUAUCACCCAUUACACAGAUCCAUGCAAAACUUAUCUACGGAUAAACAAGAACUUCCCAAAAAACCGCUCCUAAUAAAUGACCCUAAUUACUUCAGCCAGCAACACGUCAAAGCUUCAAAUGCUUCACAGCUCUCGCCAAAAAUUAUUAGCAAUACAGUCAUAAAACCACCAAGUCAAGCAGCUACGGCUAAAGAUGAUUUCACUAAAUUGCAAGCGCACAGCAAUCUACAUCGAACUUAUAUGUCUAAACCCGCGCAAAAUGUAAAUAGUCAAAUGACGAGUUUGAAAAGCGACCUUAUGCGAUCACAAACGCUAUAUGAGAGACAAAAGCUGAAUAAUUCUAUGCAAAAUAUUACCGAGGUGCCACGAUUCAGUCAUGAUGCUACAAAAAGGCACAUCCCCACACCUCAAGAUAUGCCACAUGGUCGAGCAAGUAAUGCGAAACCGUAUAAUGUUACAUCGCACAAUGAUGCAUUAAAUUCGACCCAACCCAUGCAUUCUAAUAGCACACAGACUUGUCAAAGUGGUUCAAUGCAAAAUCGAGAGAGAGUUGAUGUUAAGACUCCACUAAUAUCAGAAACUAAUGACUUUGACGACCUUUUGAAGGAACUUUUCAAAUCUAUACAUGCAGGCUCCGAUAAAAAUGUCACGGUAGCUUUAAAUAAAGAUGUUAAAUUGACUAUUCAAGCACCUUCAACGUCAGCAAAAAGGACAGACUUAGUAACUCCUCAAUGUGCCAAACAACAGUUACAACAAAAGAAACCUGAGAAUGUGCCUACCACUUUCUCUCGACUCAGUUACAUGCAUAAGAAUAAGCAAAACGAAAUCAAAGUACCGUUAACAGACUCUAUUAAUGUAGAACUAAACAAAAAGAUAAUCGAACACAAAAUAAGUAAGUCCAAAUGUAUGAAAAAUGAAAUAACAUUAUCUAGGGUCGGUAUAACGAACCCGGAUACACAAGACCCACAGAAAAUGAUUAGGAGAAUCGACCAAUCUGGCUCAGCCUUAAAGAGAGGUUGUCCCCUACUGUCUAGUAUGUUAGAGUCUACAGCGUCACCUAACGUUCAGCCCCAUAGCAAUACGCCUACCACCAGUCACAAUGCUGCUGACAAUCUGCCGAAUAGAGAAGACGCAGAUUUACUACUCCUACUGCGCAAUCCAACUCUUAUGAAACCAAAUGCCAAUAUAUACAAAGAUAAUGUCCCAAUAGGGUCUUCCACGAGCGACGGAUCACACCAGACUCUAAAUCCUCAAACCAAAGUAGAAACUCAGGUUUCAAACCACCAAACCUUGGUGGGCACCAAAGUAAAAAACAUCAAUAUCUUAGACACUUGCUCGACGACGAAAGAAUCAUCGUCAGAUGAUGAGUGGAAACGCGUUAUGGAUGCUAUAAGAGCCCGAAAAACAGAGCCGCUUGGUCCUAAUGCAUUAGAGCUAGCGCUAAAGAAAGACCAAGGAAGACAUUCUCAGGGCAGUUCGCGGACAAGCGGCAAGCGUGCGAGUGAGCUUGGACAAAGUUCAUUACAGAAUAGAUCUUCUGACACUAAGAAACGCGAACACCAUAGCUCAAAGACUAGCUCAAGUACUCGUACCCCAAGCACUGAAAAACAUUCCGAAGUACCUAAAAAGCCUAGACAAGCUGAAGUUAUCAGAAAAGUAUCUCCGGAAAUGCUUAAGAGACUCGAAGUUCAAAAUAAACAUUCUAGUUCAAAUAUAACAAGGGAAACUCCCCAUACUUCCGUGAUUCCAAAUUCGGACUUCGAUAUGCUAGACGAUCUUAUAGAUGACGAUUUACGUCGAGAAUUAGGAGAAAUAUCUUCUGAUGAGGACGCUUAUACCGUUCAAAAUGCAACUUUAGUUAAAGGAAAAAGUCACAAAAACAUUCCAAAGCCAAACUCUAUUGUUUCCAAGGCAGCUAAUAUGCCUAAAGAAAAAACUCACUUUGUUAAUCCUAAGACAAUUAUACGUAAGAAUCAACCCAAUUCAAAUACGGCAGAUAAUCAAGAUGGUUCUGGCGUUAAUGCCUUCUCCACAACUAACUAUCCGAAUGUGAUAGUAAAUAAUUGUAGUCAUUCAGGUGCACAACCUACAAAAAACAGUACACCAGAAACUAAACCUAAGAUGGUGCAGCAAUAUGCACCAGCUACCACAAUCAUAACUGAUCAAGUAGCUCAGAAUACAGCUAACAAUAUACUGACACAUAUAGAAGCGAACCACUAUGUGAACAAUAUUUUACCGACAAAUGUAAUUAUCGCAUCAGUGCCACAACAGCCUGUUGUUGUUAUACGCCAAGAUCUUGUUUACGAUCCAUACCCAACGAUACGUAUUCAUGAGAGCCAAGUGAAUGCCGAGCUUUGCGCGAUAAACCAAAAUGUAUAUGCUGUAAACGCAGCCCCUAAUUUAGCACUAUACCAAACUACGCAAUUUGCUGCACCGGUAAUAAAUCCAAUUAUUAUCGGUAACGCUACGACUACCACUAAUGCAUCAAACCCAACCGCAAUGGGAAAUGAACAUGUCACUCAAGACUUUGUAAAGGAAGAUUCCAACAUGCCAGUUGAAGAUAGCAUAAGCCUGGAAACUGCACUUAGACUUUCAGAUGCCCUAAAUGAGACUCCCGUACCUCCAAAUCUAGAUUUUAAUAUGAACAGGAAUUGUGAAAGAAAGGUGCUAUCUCAAGUGCAUGAAAAUCAUACGAAUGAUGUCGACAAGGAAUCUCAUAUAGGCAGGUUUUCUAAUGACGAUGUCUCUUUAAAAGCGGAACAAGACAAGGAGAGAAUAAAACUAAAGCGCCAGUCUCUUAUAAAUAGAAAGAUAUGUCACUUGGGCGGGCUUCCACCUAUAGCUCUCACAUACACACCGUUAAGGAAAAAGCUUUUACAACAGGAAUCGCCGAAAAACGGCACUGUUAAACCUAAUCCCAGAUUAGUGCCAAGCACUGAAAAUGGCAUAGUAGCGGCAACCGCAGGUGUAAAGGCUCCUGCAACUGAAGCGAAUAAUGAAAAUAUAGUUUCUACAGUUCAAGCGUCAAGUGCAAAAGAGAACAAACAAUCUUGCCGUCGUAUUUGGCUAAGAUCAUCAAAUAAGAUAACGAAUAAAAAAGUGGCACCGGUUAAACGUCCUCGAAUGCCACUUAAUAGAAAGAAAAUUAAACUAAAAGUAAAAGAUAAUACUAUUACGCAUGAAAAUACGACUAUUACUAAUGUAAAAAAUGAAAAUAAAGACGGCAUAAAAUUUACAACGCGUACUUCAAAUAGAUUACUCAAUAAAAAUAAACCAUCAAGUCCAUUAGAAACGCAACAAAAUGUUACUGAUAAUAACGAACUAAUUGAUUUUGAAGAAGAGCUAAACAGUUCUAUAGUAUUAAAGUCCUCAGCUGCAAUGGUUGAGACUCACAAGCUUGAAAACACGUUGAUGCAAGAACUGGAAUCAAAUGAUUCAAUAACAGAACAAGAUAAACAAUCAGAAGAUAUCAAAACUACUGAAGUCACAUCUCAAUCUACAAAUAAAUUGGAACCAACAGUGGUGAUAGAAAAACUUAAAAAUCAACUAGGCGAUCAACUUGUUAUUAAAAGUACGCCCGUCAAAACAUGUGUAAAAGAAACAACUGUUCUCGCUAAAAAUCAGAAUCUGACAAUAUUAGAGAAUAAAGAUAAUACCGAAGACUGUGUUAUCCCCAAAACGUGUACAUCGAAUAAAAUCGAUGUAAUAGCAACACCCAAAACUUCUGGUUCUGAAGCUACCGGACCUCCGCUUUUUGUUGAUGAAGCAAAUAAGUUAAAGCCAACUGUAGUCGAAGACCAGAAAGUCAUUAAACAAAUAUCUGCAGUUGAUUCAUCGAUUCUGCUUGAUGAAACUAAUAAAUUGAAGUCGGUGGUAGUUGACGACUUAAACGUUGUCAAACAAAAAAUAGCAGUCAAUUUACCACUUAAUGAUCAAGAAGUGGUUAAACAUUCUGAACCAAUAGAAAAUGUGUCUACUUCAGUUCAGAGACGUGAAACAGAUUCCAUAGAAGUCAGAAAAGAUGAAUUAACAAAUAAUAAGCCACAAAUAUUUACUGUUGUACCGAGCACAGAGAUGCCUACAGAUACAACGACGGUUUUCCAAUCGAACAGUACUAUUAUUUCACCAAAUACAGUCACUACGCCGACAAAUGCUGAAAGUGAAAUAAAUAUUGAAAACGAUCCUAAAAAAAUAGUGCAAUUACCACCCGUAGAGUGCCCUAAAGUAAAUAUUCAUCCUGUGUCGAUGGUAGAAGACGAUAUUGCGGAAAUCAAAGAAACAUCAACAACAGAAGCUCAUUCGAAAACAAAAGACGUGCUUUUAAAUACUAAAAUACAAAAUGUAACCCGCUUGAUGACAUUGAGUAAAGGACAACAGGAAACGAUAGGUACAAGUAAGUCGCUUUUGUGUAAGGAAAAUAUCAAUGAAGAUGUUAAUUGCAAAAGUGCAAACCCGAAAUGUAGCAUAGAAAAGGUGGACGACCGCAAAUCUAAAAUAAAUGCCAAGCCUGUCACACAACAUAACGAUCUUAAAGACAUUGAAAGGCCUGAAGUACAAGCAACACCUAAUGCAUUGAUAAACGCUAGUUGUAAAAAUGUCACUGAUGCUAAAAAUAGUCAAAAGCCAGGAACAUACAUGAAAGGAGAUUUAAAAAUUGUAGAAGUUUCUUUAAACGACCCAAAUAAAAAAUUAGUUCGAAUUUUUCUUCCGAAUGGCAAAGUAUUCAAAGCUAUGAUUUCUGGUAAAGUACAUGGUGCUAUCGAUUCUUUGUUCGACCACCCCACCAUGCGAGCUAUGCUAGCGGGAAACGUUCAUAACGACGGAAAACGAUACACUGUGAAUUAUAAACAAGUCCCGGUGAAAAACGAUCCCACUAAAAAAUGUUAUCAAAUUCAGGACUUAGAUAUUAAAGAGGCAGUCGCUGCGUCGAAGCCUGUUGAUACUGUAAAUUUAAUCAGUGACGACGAAGACGAGGUUCAGGCUCGUACUUUUAAUACUGAAUUUGGCAAAUAUGCCACAAAUCAUGAUCAAGAAACAAUUGCCAUACAUCAGAAAAAGUUUGACCAAAGAUGCCAAGUCCAAAUGCUUAAAGGUGACUUAUUUAAAAGCAAUAGAACGAAGCCUAAAUCAAAAUCAUUGCCGUUGGAAAAUAACUCGUUACUGACCAGACAUCAGAGUAAAGUUUUAUCUAAUGCAUCAUCUAUGACAAGUAUAAUUACUAAAGAAGAAUCUGGUCCCACCGCUGAUAAAUUAACCCAAGCACAAAUAACCCCUAUUCCUCCUCCUAUAGUCUCAAAUACGACUGAUGUCAUCGAAAUUGACGAUUCUUCUAAUGACAGUAUAGAAAACCAAAUACUAGAUUCGGAUGAUAAUAAAAACAUAGAGCAUGCGAAAGUCGCGGCGCUGGCGAAUUUAUUGUUACAAGAUCUUGCUGUAGAAACAGACAAAGUUAACGUGCCUUCUCCUGUGAAGAGCGGAGCCGCUGUUGUUAAUUUGAAGAGCGCAUUACUACAAGAUCUUGGCAUAGUUCCUGCGGAAACUCCAGUAAUUGACAUAACUGAAAAUGACGACGAGGAAGUGGUAAUUUCAACAGACGUUCAGCAACAAAAUAAAAAUUGUGACGAAACAAAAACGGUAGCUGUUGCGACGGAAGAAAAUAAGAUAAUCAGAAAUGAGGAACAAUAUAAUCUUAAAAAAUGUGUUGUGAAAAUAGUUAAAUGCGAAACGCUUAUUAAGAAAUAUGAACUUUUGAAAAAAAUGAAGCAUUGCUAUGUUAAAAUGGAACGGCUUAAUAACUCGAUUUUUCAAACUGAAAGCGUUUGUAGAAUGAGUGAAAAAACAAGUGAUAUCGAAACAGACGAAAUGAACCAAGACAAUGCUGAAGAUUUCAUUGAAUUUGAUGUUGAUGAACCAUGUAGAUCACCACAGUUAUCACGUUAUCCAUCAUUAUCAAUUUUAAAUAAUUGGGAUGAUGACAGUCAACCGUCUCUGGAAAACCCAGCCUGUACCUCACCGGUUAUGGAAAUUUACGAUACGUUAGUACAUUUGCGUAAUAAACUAAAAACGGAAAUGGUUAGAAAAUCAACAGUACUGCUACCAUCGACUUGUGAUUCUGAUUGGACCAUGACAAAAUUUGGAUACAGCACUCAAGAAAUUCUAUCAGCGUCAUCUAACGUACCAGUAACAGAAAAUCGAAACCUUUUUCCCGUUUGUGAUAACUCUAGGAGUGCCGAAAGACUUAUAGUGACAUCCGAAACACCCAAACUCAUAACGAUAACAUUAAAAUUUCUAGAAGAUAAUCCCAAUUUACUAUGCCGUUGGGAAUUUGCGCGUAGAAGGGAAUUAACUUUAAAAGUCAAAUCUUCGCCAAAUAAAUUAAAAAGAAAAGCUGAAGAUGUCGUAUGUGAUAGUGAUAUUGUUGCCAGUAAAGUAUUGAAAUUAAGGACAUUAGCGUUGAAAAGUUUAAACUCCAGCCUUAAAACUCCUAGUAUUCCUUUUGAAGUUUACCCCAAAUAUAAAACUACGACUAUCGAAAACAUUGAAGAUGUUUGUCUGAUUGUGCAAACUGACAAGACAAGUAAAACUGAUAUGAAUGCGCAUAGUGAGGAUAAGCACGGAGAGACCAAUCUACAAGAUACAAAGAUAAUUUUUCGAUUCCAUAAUGAUCCAAAUGAUAUUGAAAAACUUGAGGGAAAAACGCAAGUACCCGGUAGUCCUAUGGACAAUACAGAGACGGAAUCCUCGGAACCAGCUCAAUCUGAUAUAAUAUUGGGUGACGACAAUAAAUCGCAUUUGAUAAAGGUUGAAAAUAGUGUUGCAUGCUAUAUUGAUACUGACGCCAAAGAUAUUUUAUUAGAAUAUCGAGAACUAUCUUCCCCUUCAUUGCUCAGCGAUUAUGUUGAAACUUUUGAUGCAGAAAAUGAAAUAAAGAAAAAGGUAUUCAAUGAAGAGGUAGUAAAUGUUAAUACGCCCCAAUCAAAGGUGAUAAUAGCGGACAAUCAAGAACUAUCAUGUCCGCCACCGGUUAGCGAUAGUACCAGAAGUGAUAAUGAAGACAAACAAAUAAGUACAGACGCUACUACUGAACAGUCAGCAAACGAUACACCAACACAUUCGAGGGAUGACAAUUCUGCCACAUGUCUGGAAAAACUUGGUGAUGACAACGACAAACCAAGCUCUUCACCGCCGUUUAUUCAUACAAUUGAAAAUAAACGAAUAAGUUUGAGCAUUAGCAAUGAAGAGACACAGCCGAAUGACAUUUAUCCUUUAAAUGAAAUUAACUCAUCAGAAGACAAAGAUAUUAUAGAAGACCAAGAAGUAACAUCAUCAUCGCUCACCGAUAAUAAAGGAUUUGAUAAAGGAAGUGAUAUAAGUAUUAAUAUAAAUGACGCGGAGGCAGUAAAUGAUGUAUCACAAUCGAAGGAGGUAGAAUAUUUCGCCGGAUUAUCUAGCGAAACUGACGGCUUAGACAGUGACAUUACGAAGGAUAACCAACAAAUAACCUCUCCGUUGUCACGUAACGAUAAUGCUGAAGCUGUCAGAGAGAAACCAAUGGAUAUUAACUUGAUGGAUGUUAUAGAGAACAGCCAAGAAGUGACAUCACCAUCGCUCUCCGAUAAUAAUGAACUUGAAAAAGAAAAUGAAAUGAGUAUUAAUAUCAGUGACGAGGACGCAGUAAAUGUUGUAUCACAGUCGAAGGCGGUAGAAUAUUCCGCCGCAUUAUCUAGCGAAACUGACUGCUUAGACAGUGACAUUGCAGAGGAUAACCAACAAAUAACCUCUACGCUGCCACCUAAAGAUAAUGCUCAAGCUGUCAGAGGGAAACACAUGGAUGUUUUGGAGAACAGCCAACAAAUGGCAUCACCAUCGCUUACCGAUAAUAAUGAAUUUGAAAAAGAAAAUGAAAUGAGUAUUAAUAUCUUAGACGAGGAGGCAGUAAAUGAUGUAUCACAGUCGAAUGCGGUAGAAUAUUCCGCCGCAUUAUCUAGCGAAACUGACUGCUUUGACAGUAACAUUGCAGAGGAUUACCAACAAAUAACCUCUCCGCUGCCACCUAAAGAUAAUGCUGAAGCUGACAGAGGGAAACGAAUGGAUAUUAACUCGAGGGAUGUUAUAGAGAACAGCCAACAAAUGGCAUCACCGUCGUUCACCGAUAAUAAUGAAUUGGAAAAAGAAAAUGAAAUGAGUAUUAAUAUCAGUGACGAGGAGGCAGUAAAUGAUGUAUCACAAUCGAAGGCCGUAGAAUUUUCCGCCGCAUCAUCUAGCGUAACUGACGGCUUAGAAAGUGAUAUUACAGAGGAUAACCAACAAAUAUCCUCUCCGCUGCCACCUAAAGAUAAUGCUGAAGCUGACAGAAAGAAACAAAUGUAUAUUAACUUGAUGGACGUUAUAGAGAACAGCCAAGAAGUGACGUCACCGUCGCUUACUGAUAACAAUGAAUUUGAAAAAGAAAACGAAAUGAGUAUUAAUAUCAGUGACGAGGUGGCAGUAAAUGAUGUAUCACAAUCGAAGGCGGUAGAAUAUUCCGCCGCUUUAUCUAGCGAAACUGACGGCUUAGAUAGUGACAUUACAGAGGAUAACCAACGAAUAACCUCUCCGUUGUCACGUAACGAUAAUGCUGAAGCUGUCAGAGAGAAACCAAUGGAUAUUAACUUGAUGGAUGUUAUAGAGAACAGCCAAGAAGUGACAUCACCAUCGCUCUCCGAUAAUAAUGAACUUGAAAAAGAAAAUGAAAUGAGUAUUAAUAUCAGUGACGAGGACGCAGUAAAUGUUGUAUCACAGUCGAAGGCGGUAGAAUAUUCCGCCGCAUUAUCUAGCGAAACUGACUGCUUAGACAGUGACAUUGCAGAGGAUAACCAACAAAUAACCUCUCAACCUGAGAAAGAGAAAGAAAUGGAUAUUAACUUGAGCAAUGAAGAGGCAGUAACCAAUAUGUUACAGUUGAAGGACGCAGAAUGUUACUCUUUCGACAGCGACAUUACUAAGGAUCAUCAAGAAGUAAUGUCUCUUCCACCGCCUAGCGAUAAAAUUGAAACUAACGAUGAAGAUAAUCAAAUGAGCAUAAUCAACAGCAACGGACCGCCAAAGGGGGUAGAAAAUGACUUGGCAGGCUCACUAAGGGAAACUGACUACUCCAACAAAGACAAUAUAGAGGACAUCCAUGUUGUAAGUGCGCCAUCGCCUUUUAGUGAUAAUAAGGAAACUGUUCAUACUGAUGAACGAAUAAGUACAGACCUCAGUGAAAUUGACACUACCGACAAAGAUGCUUCAGAGGAUACAAAAACAGUAAACUCUCCGCUCACCGAUCAUAUUGAAACUAAAGAAAAUCAGAUGAAUAAAAAUGACAGUAACCAAGACCCAAUUACCGAUACUUUGCAUACAGAAGAAACUGAUAACAGUGAUGGAUUUGAUGAAAUUUCUAUAGACCAGCUGCCUCCUGAUGUUUGUGAAGUUGUAGUUAUUGCUACAGACGUUACCGAUAUAGAUAUUGUUGAAACGUUGAUGAACACCAGUAAAGACAUAACCCAAAUGGUUAAAGAGGAUGCUUCGGAAGUAAAUCACGAUUCGGAGAUUAAAUCACCAAAUUUUAUAGAUAGUAAUAAAAUUGCUUUUAACUAUCAUGAUUAUAUUAAACAACCAAAAAAGAAACAAGACAUUACUACACCAAAUUUAAUAAGUAGCCAUAUUACUGACUGUACGAAAGAUACUGUUUCCGUAAAUGAUUUUAAUAUCAAUAGCUUAAGUUUAAAGGAGCAGUUUAGAAAGGACACACCAUCUUGUGACAUAAUUACUAACAAAAAUUGUCCUUUACAAUCAAAGCCCCAAUGCAAAUACGAGUUAAUUCAAGAAGAUGAUUUCUUAACUGUAAACAUCACAACUGAAAAUGAUGAAGACAGUAACAAAACAAAAGCUGUAUUUGUAAGUCCCAACGUUGAAGAAGACACAGUUGCCGUUGCGUCGCCUUGCUCUAAUAAUGCUGAUGAUAUCAAUCUCAAAGGUUUUGAGUUUGAAGAUGUAUACAUAUUUCCACUAAGCCAAGCAGGCAGCAAUAACAGCAACGUAUCUAACGACAGUCAAGAAUUAAAUAGUGAAAGCGGGACUGACUAUGCACCGAAUGACUUACACGAUAUCGAUUUUCACGUAAAAGAACCUGAAAUUACGUAUUCCCGAAAACGUAAAAUCAGCAUGAGAGAUGUAAAAAUUUCAGAAAAGAAAUACAGAAAAAGUAAAAACAUUGACUGUUCAAAACAAACGCAAUUCAGCAUGAUCGAAUUAGCCUACAGCAAAGAAUAUAAGCGACUAUUAGAUUAUUGUUCGUCAGUUAAGUUUUCAUAUUCACGCCCUUUUCAUAAAGAAUGUAUUGAAAUUGAAGAUCUAAUGGGCAAGUGGCCCAUAAAUAGCGAUUGUUAUGAUGUGGCUCCAGACGACAUUGUUGAUGAACGUUUAUUUGUUGAUUUAGAAGAUUAUGAUAGUUAUCAACCGGAUCCCGCAACACAAACAUUUGUUGAAGAAAUUAGUUACAAAUAUAAUAAAAGUGAUGCCGCCCAAGAAGACCCAAAAAUGGAGACUACUAAAACAAAUUUCAAUAUGGGUUUUGGUGAGGGGUCCGGCAGAGUCAUCCAAAUUUUGAAAAAACAAAGCGAAUCAAAUAUUUCGGCUGCGACUCUGUCGGACGUAAAGCAAUCUCAGCCGGUUUCUAAGUCCGUAGACCCCGACGACUGCAACGAUGUAACAACGAACAACGACGAUCAAAUAAAGAAGAUAAGGCAACAUGUAAAUUUCAUCGAACUACGGGAUAAGGUUCGGCAAUUUUUUAAGAAAUCAUCAAUUGAAUUGAAAUAUGACUGGGUGCAGCAGAAUACUAAAGAUGAACUUUACCCGGAAGAUUUCAUUUUUGGUCUUUGUAGUUUAGAUUAUGUAAAACCAGUCCCAACUGACGUCAUAGUUCAAGUGGUUCAAGUAGGCCAGCUUCCUGUGAGUGCAGCUGCUCAAAAUCCAGUAACGUGUGACCCGCGAGUAACACAGGUUUCGGACGCCAGUCCGUCCCAGUGUUCAGUGGACAAUAGCCCCAACGAUGACUCUCAAUCUGAAAUAAAAACCGAAUAUACAGAAUUAACAACUGCCGAUUUGUCUUUACCUCUCCAAGAAUAUGCGCAACAAAAUCAAGCUAGUCUCGCAUCUCAAGACAGCAAUGUUGACCUUACUGAACAAACGAUUUCACUUGAAAUGGAAAUAAAAGCAGAAGAAAGCCCUGAAAUAAAACAAGAGCUGCCGGACAUUAAAGAGGAGAAAAGUAACUCUUCUGAUACAGAGUUGCAUACUCUAAAUAACGCAACGCCCGAAAGUAUGGAUUAUUCAUUCGAAAAUAAAACAGCCAAGUCUGAUGCCAAAAGUAUAAAUUAUGACUUUUCUGAGCAUAACAGUUCUGAAACGUUUUCUCAGCAGCGUCAACAAAAUGGAACCUCGGAGAAAACAGAUCAAAUCGCGCAUGCCAUGAGCGCUGCUGGCAUCACUACAACACCAGAAACUGUAACUAACACUAGAGCUCAUGCUUUAGUAAAUAUACUUUCUCAGAAGAUACGACAAGGCUCCUUAAACACCACUCAAACUACCACAAAUACGUACUCGAAGACAUCAAUAAACGCAAUGGCUCUACAACAAGCCUUAGCCCAAAUUUUGCCUCCGCCAUUGAAUCAGACGGGGUCUAGUGAAACCAGCCAAUCGCAGUCGACGCCAGUUGGGCCUCAAGUUUUGCAUAUUGUGCAAGGAAAGAAUUCUUCGGGCAACCAGAUUACACUUGUAGAUAACUCUCAACAGUCAGUUAUAAGCACGCCUAACGCCACCCAGGUUCUGCAUAUCGUGCAAAACAAAAAUGCAACAUCGGGCCAAGCUUCAAAUGGAACCCUAACACCACAAGCUAAUUCAUUUAGCGGUCUGUCAUUGGUCGACGCAGGUCUUCAACAGGGCGGAAACCAACUACUCCAUAUUGUUAACACAGGAAACCAGAAGACUGCUAGCACUGGCCAACUAUUAAAGCGUGUCAAUCUUCUAACAAAUCUUACUAACGUACAAGGGUCAAAUGAGCAAAAAAUGGUACAAUUCGUAUGCAAGUCUGCGGACGGCAAAGCUAUUCAGCUGAACGCACCGCACCAGAGAAGUAUGGUUUUAAGACUACAGCCUAUUGAGACUCCUAAUGCUCAGACCACGCCAGCAAAACCUACGGAGUCUCAAGAAUUGAACUCAUCUCCAACUGGUUCGACUGCAAAUAAAGAAAGCCCUAGCCAACAAGAAAUUAAAUCUCGUUCCAUCUAUGAAGAAAAUUACGCCAAAUUCAUACAGAACUCGUCAAGCAAAACGCCUGGCUUAGAAAAGUCUACUAGCUUGCCAAAAUUUAACCAAGCAUUCGGCAAACCGGUAUUUCAAGAAGGCAGUCAAAAACAGGGGGAGACUGCGACUAACAAUUCUCAUUUACCUCCCGUAAAUAAUAACUCUGAAAAUGCUGAAUGCCCGGCGAACGACAAUGCAAUUAACUUGGAGCACAUGGGAACUAUUUCAAGUCCGCCGCUGCUUAUUAGGAAACCAGUAGUAACUUCUCAAUCGCAAUCCAAUAUCGUACAACAAAUCAAGCAAACAAUCGCUCCCAUGAACAUUCAAACUAUGCACGGUGGCGUAAUUUAUACGCGUCAAAUACCUGUCAAUAUUGGUGGAGGGCAAACUAUAAAUUUAAUAACAGUCCCUAGCACCGAGUUAAUAAAUGAUGACUCAUCUAAAACACAAUCGCAAAAUAACCAGGGAGAAAUAGAGCCUUCUAUUAUUAAGAUUGUUCCUCAAAGCCGGACAGCAACAAAUAAUGAGAGUUCACAAGAAGAAAAUAACAGCCAUGCGAGUGGUUCAAACGAAAACGCUCAAAACCCUCAGCCGCAGCCAGUCUUAACGCAAAUGAGAAUAAAACUACCCAUGUUGAGUAAAGCCCCGCAAAUGGUGCCUGGUGCCAGAGUCGUCAGGCCAUCGUUUUUCCAAAUCCAAAGAAACGUUAUAAGCGGUGCUAACCAACCGGUAUACCAACAACUUGUGUUAACGGCCGCCCCGCCGCUGGGCCAACAAACAAUUAGGCUGCCAUCUCAAGCAAGCCGACCCGUUAAAGUCCCUUCUGAAAAUCAAUCGUCCUCUCCUGAAUCUCAGAUGAGCUCGUCCACAUUAGAACAGCUGCGAGAAUUUGACAUGGUUUUAGAACAAGUCAAAGAGAGAAGCACAUCUACACCGAGUGCAAACGCAAACAAUAGCUCUUUUAAAAUACAUACUUCUUCCGACACUACUGAUGGUAACGCUUCUAGCAACUGUUCUACAGAAUCAACCUCACAAGUACUAUACACUAUCGGAAACAAUCAGUCACUAAAUGUGGCUUAUGUUAACAGAAAAACUACUGUGACUACUCCCACAACGUCAACCUACGUGCGUUCGCCGGACUCCUCGGGUAUCGCAGAUUCACCGACAUCUUCGACGCACGGACAAAUACCUCACACUGUGACCACAGAUUCGUCCCCCACGGAAAUGUCUUCCCAAUCAAAAUCCAAAGUGGGCUCUAAAUCAAAAUCAAGACCGAAAUCGACCUCAAAUCCACCAAACACCCUUAAAUUGAGCUCCUCUGUUCCGCCGAAGACUUCAUCGCAGAAACCUUUAGAAGACGAGCAAACUACCCAAAGGAUACUGUACAUACUCGCUGAAUAUAAAGAGCAAGUGGAAAACUCACCAGAUAAAGAUAAACCUGCACCACGUAGGAGGUCCAAUCCACCUUCGAACCCAGGAUCAUCGAAACGCAAGAAGAGUUCUAGUUCACGUCGAUCGGGUACGAGGGACAUGAGCCCCGUACACGGCGAAGACACCUGCCGAACGAUGGGCUCGGAAGACAGUAGCUGCGGUACUUCUCAAGGGGACUGUACAGAAAGCUGUCUAGACAGUCACUCCCCACAAGACAGUCCGCGUAAAGUGGCCCGAAAGAUAACCUUUGAUCAAGAUCUGACGGUCACCCAGCCUCGGCCGCAACCUCAGCGAAACGUUAUAGUGGCAGAUGGGCAGACGAUCACUGUCGCUCGCGGGACCACUGGAAAACCAGCCACUGCAGUUCUGAUGCCAGCUAACUACAUCUUACCCGUUUCCAUGGUGAAAGGUGGCCAGCAGAUCGCUAUUGUGACCAAUCGAGGCCCGAAAUUAUUGACUGUUGGAGGCGAAGGCGGCGCGACCAAUGCGUUGCUACUUCAGCGGUUGAUAGGGCCGGCGGGUUUGAAGCCUGUGCUAGCCCGUCCGGGGGUUCGGCACGUGAGAUUACCUACGGCUGCGUUACAUAACCUUCAAGCUUUUAACUUGGCAACAGCGACAACGGUACAGCCUCCAGACAGCACAGCCUCGCCGACACCGGGUCCAACGCCUCCUGAGCUCGUCGACACGCGCGCCACCAGCUCUCCUUGGACGGACCGCGACGAAGUGAAGCCGGAGCGCAGCUCGAGCCCCGAGGGUUCGGAGCCGUGGAACCUGCCGUCCACCGACGCGCACGAUUACACCUACGAAGAGACCGUGCGCACUGACAACAUGGAUCGAACCGUGUUGGAUCAGAUCCCAGAUCGAUACAGUCCCGAUAUGGAAGCGCAAAGGAUAUUUGAUAAGAUGUUCGACGUAGACUCGAAAAAGUCAUACGCCGUCGAUUCGCCGCGUUGCACAUACGAUAUAGACCCGUCCGAUUGCGACGAUAAGGCCUACCAGGUUGUGCAAAAGAAAGACGGUUCCCAGAGGCAACACAGGCUUGCCCACGUGUCGGCGGCGGCUCUGAGGCACAAGUACGCUAUACUGGAACACGAAUUGAGACUACAGAAGUCAUUAUCCGAGGAGUGCGAAGACUUGGGCGUUGAUUCUCCUUCAGCUUCAGAACUGUUUCCCGAGGCGGAGCUACUCUUUGCCAACUCGCCUGCUCACGAGCACAACCAAGAACAUCACUCGCACACUCCUCAACCCCUCCAAAGCUCGAUACCCCAACCGGACAUGGACGACCAAAUCGCCACGGACCACCUGAUCCCGCGCGAGAUCGACGUCGGCCUCGGCCUGGGGGACGUCGGCAUCGUGGCCGUCGGCGAGGACGGCAGCGCCACCAUCGCGUUGGACCAGGAGGAGUUCGCGAGGUCACAUCCCAAUACGACGUUCCACAGCGAACCGACGGAAGGAGAGGUGCAACCCUUUACGAUAGCCGGGAUCAAAGGCCGCCACAUAACUUCCACGAUAUUCCAUUCCAACAGCGCGCCAGCCACGGUGCUAAUGACUGCUCCUCAAGCCACCGUCAUCUCGCAAGCCCCAGAGCACAGCGUUAAGUACGAGAUAGAAAACAUGAUCAGCUCCAUGCCUAGCUCCCACAACAACGACAUUAAUCUGUCUUCGGUCCUGGUGAAAGAUGACGGUUUGACCAGGUUCGACAGUAUCCUCACGGACUCCAGGGAGCUGCAUCUGACCAACACGGCGUCCGCCAUAGUGCACUCUUCGGGCAACGCCACACAGGUCAUCAGGAGAGUCUGCUACGAGGACGACAAGAGAGAAAGGGAUGCCAGGUAUCUUAUCGACGAGCCCGAUAAUCUAAUCGCGGGGGACGACGCGAAAAUGAUCGCCGAAGAUAGCUCCAGGGACGCGACCCUGGAGUCGAUGGCCGACGUGGACGACGACGGGUCCAGCCCGGAGCGGCACGCCGAGCUGUUCUGGGAGUCCAACUCGGCCUCCGAACGCUCCGAGGGCCGGCGGCCGCUGGACUUCAGCAGCGACAGCGACAAGUGCUGCAAGAGUCCGUCCUUCGACGAGACCAACUCGACGGACUCGAGCGGCGUCGGCGCGCACUUGAGGCUCGACUCCGUGAUCAAGGAGGCGCGCGGCCGCGGGCGCUCCUGCAGCGGCAGCGCGGACGGCUCGUCGGCCGAGGACGCGCCGCCGCUGCGCACGUACCCGGCCAAGCGCAGCGUGUCGGGCAAGACGCGGGCGGGGGAGGCGGGGGAGGCGGGGGCGGGCACGAGGCGCCGCGUGGCGAGGCGCGGCUGCCCGUGCUGCCACGGCGAGCCGGCGCCGCCGCGCGCCAAGCGCCCGCGCCAGAGGAAGCCCGCGCUCGACUUCGGCGCCGACCACUGAGACUGAUACGCGAUCUCACCCUAGAGGUUCCGACUCCUUUGUACAUGUAUAAAUAAAAUUGUUGAAUUGUUUUGUAUAUAAUUUUUAUAUGUAAGUAAGCGUUAGAUCCGUUCGCAGCAGAUUCGGUGAGUGAUUUAUUUUGUUGAUGUUUUAGUUUUAAGUUCAAGUGGACGAUUUCUAGAUGUUAAAACGUAUGAUUUUCCGCGAAGUUUUGUCACGGCGGUCCGUUCAAAUAGGGUAUCGUAUUUUUUUAACGGUGCGUACCGAAUGAUUUCUGAGACUUGUAUUUAAUUGUUAACAUUUUUCUCGAUGUAAUAUAUCCGUAUACAUAUUGUAUUGAUAUGUACUUGUAUAAAAAUAUAUUUCUAUAGGUAUCUCCAUUUUAGUGUAAGCGUUUCCGAUAGUGAUUACAGGCCAUACUCAUUGUGAAUUUAUUCCUUUACGCAGUAAACGUAACUUUAAUUUUAUUUGUAAUCGUCAGUGUUUUUUUUUCGCUCAGCGUGUUUUGUUUCGCCUCCAUCCGUACGUCCCAAAAACUGUAUCAUACCGUAGCUUAAGUUGAUUACCAACUUCCAAGGGAAAACUGCACAAAAUGAUUUUUAACGUACGUCUGACUGCGAUUUAUUUUUGAGACUUGAUUUUUCUAAAAAACGUUCGGUGCCAAACCGUAGUCAACUCUGCGCUCGCGUUCCGUGGACGCCGUUCCUUAAACUGGUUUAACUAGAGAAUGUGUUAAUUUAGUGUGAAUUUGGUAUUCAUAGUGUAAAAGUAAAUUGUGUAAAUAAUAGAUUUUGUCCCCCACUUUUGUCUCGGGGACCGUCUAGUCACUAUACCGGUAAUAAUAGAAUAAAUGUGUUGGUUCUAUGGCCGAGAAGUCUGUCUCCAACAGGCAUCGCGCAGUAUUGACGCUUUGUACAUACAAAAUGCCUGAGGUUUGAACGGCGCAGCUACUCGGGUAACGCAUUGUAUAUAAAAUAAUGUGUUAACAUAAGCCGUACGAUCGUAUUAUAGUGAAAUAUAAUGUAACCGGCGUCUACGCCCGACUCAAUAUAACCCAUAGUUCAGAAGUUACUUCAGUAGACGUAUUAUAGAGUAUCGGUUAAUGUGAGAUUCUUAUCGAUUUCGAGCCCUGAGGCAAAAUUUUCUCGGAUUUAUGACUAGAGGCACUUUUAUCAGUCUUUCGAGAAAUUGUCAUUUUUUUCUGGGUGUCUGCCAUUUUUAAAAUUAGGGUUCAAAUUUUGUAUUAUCAAAUUGUUAUUGUUCCGUGGGCAACGGCUCUACGAUAUUAUCUACGAUUUCAGUAUUCCGUUAUGUUUUAUUUCACAUACAUACCUAAGUAGAAGUUUAUAAAAAAAUAUGAAAUAUACAACGGAAGUAACUGUGUAUAGGUUUCAUCGUUUAUUUUUAAAUCACCAGAUUGUGUUUUCGUAAACUUAUGUAAACAUUAUUUUUUUUAAAUGCUAAAGAGAAAAUGAUCAUUAAAACUUAUCUAUUAAAUA